AGAGGCAAUGGCCAAAAUAGAGUUUACAACAUACCUGAUGCUGGUGAUAUGCACAAGCAUGAUCAUCUCCACCGCCUCAGCGCAAUGCCAAGGCGACUUCCAAGGUCUCAUCCAACAAUGCUCCAGAUUCGUCCAGCGACCGGGCCCUCAGCAGGCCCCGUCUCAGGGCUGCUGCAACGUCAUUAGGAACGUCGAUCUGCCAUGUGUCUGUCAGCAUGUCACUAACCAAGUUGAGAAGAUAAUCAGCAUGCAAAAGGCAGCUUUUGUUUCUGCAUCUUGUGGCAAGCCACUUGCUCAUGGAACCAAAUGUGGCAGCUAUACAGUUCCAUAAGAGGUUGAAGAGCAACUAUUGAUACACUUCAGAAAAAAGAGCAGUGCUUUAAUAUCUGUAAUAAAGAAGAGUUGUUUGUUUUAGAUUUUGAAAUAAGGGUUGUUCUAAAUUCUAUAUAUACCAAAAUUUUAUCCACAAAAUAAAUAGAAAUGUUAUAGCCUCAUCAUUUUGACUCAUCAUUAUGCUCCAGCAGCUCCAUUAUGAACAUCCAUUUUUUA